AUGACAACCGCGAGACGCAUCUUGAAUGACAACCGCGAGACGCAUCUUGAAACCUGGGAAAACAUCGACAACAUGAAAGGCCUGGCAUACUUCGCAGUCAUUGCCUCGGUGCAGGCUUCAAAAUUUGCGCACCAGUCCCUCCAUCGUGGGGCUACCAGUGGUCCGAGCUGUAACACCUACACAGUGAAGGAUGGAGAUACUUGUGCGAAAAUUGGCAAGUCGAGUAGAGUCACAUGGGCGCAGUUGCUCUCAUGGAACUCCGAUAUCAACCGCGAGUGCUCGAACCUCGGUGACCUCUCUGGUAAGAAUAUUUGCAUCAGCAAUCCUGCGGGAGACUAUGCAAUUCCUGUCCCUAGUUCCACAACCUCAAGCAGUGCAACCGGUUCGCAGAGCAUUAUCACCACUACUGCCUCUAUCCCCUCGCCAACAGUUUCCGGAACCAACAGCAAGUGCGCUCGAUACCAUAGAAUCGGAACGGGCGAGACAUGCGACGCUGUGGUAAAGAAGUCGGGUAUCUCUAUGUCUGACUUCCUGUUCCUGAAUUCAGAGAUCAACGAGAAAUGUACAAACCUCCAAUUGGGUGUGUACUACUGUGUGCAGGCCGUUGGAUACAUUACAACGUACCCUGGCUAUGGAGGGACCUCAGAUGACUAUACCAAAGUUUCCAUGACCGCCGUUCCUUCAUCCGUUCCGAGACCAGAUUAUCCCGGAGCCUUGCCAAACAAUUCUUAUCCCGUUAUUCCCCUUGCCAACGGUACCAGGAAGGACUGUUACGACUACAUGUGGCUGAGCAACACCACGGAUGACGCGCUCGCGGAUUGCUGGACAAUGGCCAUGACUAACGGUGUCUCUGCAGAAGUAUGUUCUUUUUUCCCCUGGUUGGGUAUGUCUUACUCUCUUUCAAUACAAGCUGACCCAUCUAAGGACUUCAUCAUGUGGAACCCUUCGCUCGAAGAGAAGCCGCGUAGUAGUUCCUCCAUAGCUUCAACCCCCAGUGCUAGUGCAAGCUCGAGCUCGAGUGUUACCCCAGACUCGUACUACUAUCCUUGCACGCUGCGAGCCAGCUCGUCAUACUGUGUGAUGCUCUCUCAGCCUAAGAAGACCAAGGCAAGCGGGUCGCGAACCACUUCAUCAAUUGCUGCGUCGUCGACCCAAAGUCCGAAGCCUACAUCUAGUACCUAA